AUGAAGAUAUACUACACGGGGGUUCUCCGUCCAGAACAGGGACACACGGUAUCCCUUGCCGAGGCCAAGGACCUCUCCUCUUUCUCCUUUUUCCAACGGGGGUCGAUUUCGCAGUUUAUGUCCUUCUUUGCUCAAACCAUUGCCGAGAGGACCGCUGCUGAUCAGAGACAGUCUGUUGAAGAAGGCGAGUACGUCGGCCACGUCUAUGUGCGCCCAGAAGGUAUUGCCGGCGUCUUGAUCACCGAUAAGGCGUAUCCAAUUAGACCGGCAUUCACUCUCCUUAAUAAGCUCUGUGAUGACUUUCUCUCACAGCACCCGCUAGACUCGAUUAAGGACAUGUCUCCACAGGACGGUGACACCCCAACGGCGUUCCCGCAGUUGGAAUCGAUGCUUGCCCAGUACCAGAACCCUCAUGAGGCCGAUGCGCUAAUGAAGGUCCAGCAUGAACUCGACGAAACUAAAAUUGUGCUUCAGCAGUCCAUUGAGAAUGUCUUACAGAGAGGUGAAAAACUAGACUCUUUAGUCGAUAAAUCAGAAGCUCUAACUUCAUCUUCAAAGACUUUCUAUAAACAGGCGAAAAAGACAAACUCUUGUUGUGUCCUUAUGUAA